AUGACAGAAUGUGGCAAAUCUGGGGACGCUUGGUAUCGCAACCGCGUUCGAAUUGUGUCUUCGAACCUACUUGUCGCGUUGUGUUUAUUUGCGAUAUUUGCACCUGUUUCGGGCCAAGAUUCGUGUAGUGUUGGACCUUGCUAUCCUUCUCCUUUGAACAUUUCAAAGCAUUUUAAUGUUACGGCGAACUCAACUUGCGGUAACCCGUCAGAGCAAUACUGCGUUGGCUUGGAUUGCACUAAAAUUUGCAAUGCGUCCGACGAGAAACGUAAACAUCCUGCUAACUUUGUAAACGACGACUUUAGAGACAAUACAUUCUGGAAGUCAAAAAACUACGAGUUUCCUGUUGUUCUACAGCAAGAGGUUCGAAGAACUUUCAUGCCGUAUCAGUCUAUGGUAACUUUUUUUCACGAGUUACCGGCUGCAAUGUACCUUUUGAAGUCAAAUGACUCUGGGAGAACAUGGAAUCCUCUAACCUACUUUGCAACGAACUGUACAAAAUAUUUUAAUCUACCAGAAACGCCUGAGAACGAAAGUGAGGCUUUGAAAAUCCAAUGUUUCAAAAUAGACACCGCUACAAAUCUCAACAAGCAGGUAAGCUUUUUGAUAGGACAUAUUUAUUUUGUAGAUGCUGCC